AUGACAUCCACGCCUACAGGGAACGACGCUGACACCGUGCUGGAUUUAACUCUGGCCUACACUGGCAACGAGAUCCGUGAUGGUGGCACGACGCCAGGGCCGUUUGAAGAAAUGCGUCGGCGCAUGGCAGGUCUUGGCACGAGCAGUGCAAGCACGAGCACGGCAACAACACCCAUAUCGCCAGGCGGCAUCCGCAAACGGAAACAACCGCGGAGGGACAAGAAACGCCGUUGGGUUUGGACCCUGGGCCACGACGAGGAGGAAGAGGCAACGCUGAGCGGUGCUAUGAUAGCGCUCAAAGCUGCUCAGAUGGCCGAAGCAGCCGCCUUAUCUACGGCAACACCAACGACGUCGCAAGCUGACGCGCUGGCAACACCAUCGGAUGCCGGCGCCGAUGCGGAUUUGAAGACACCCUUGGCACUACAGACGACCGCUUUUGCACACAGCCUUUACCCUGUAUCGGUUGUCGCCAAUGCUUUCAAUGAGGAUGUCGACAUGCAAGACUCAGACGUCUCCGCAGUUGAGCCGAGCACAAUGCCUGUCACAGGCGAUGUGGCCACCGCAGCUGCGGAAGCGGACAAGGUGGUUGUACCCUCUGGACCGUCUAAACCCAAAGAUGCACGCAAGCGAAAGAGCACACCUACCCCGUAUGCCACGGACAGCGAGGGCGAGUCCGGCUGCGACGGCGACGGCGACGGCGACGGUUUCGGCCUUGAGGGCAGCACGUUUGGCGACGGCGACCGCAACCAAGCCCACGCCGCUGACACCGAAAUGGACAUGCAGACGCCCACCACCAUACUUGGCAACCAAUUGCAAGGUGCUUGGUUUCGGGCAGCAGCCGCCACAGCUGGGCGCGCAAGAACGGCACCAUGGGAUUUGUCGGGAUGA